AUGGGCAAGCACUACUGCGAUUACUGCGACGUGUACCUCACGCACGAUUCGACCUCAGUCCGUAAAGCGCACAAUUCGGGCAGAAACCAUAUGCAAAAUGUGAGGGAUUAUUAUCAGGGAUUGGACCCUGCCAAAGUGCAAGGGAUCUUGGCGGACGUGACCAGAGCGUACGAAGAUGUGGGAUUGACCAGACCUACGGAGGCGAUGGGUGGGAUGGGAUCCGCUUCGGGCGGAGGAGGAUUUGGAGGUGGAGGCUAUCGACCCCCUUUCAGACCGCCUAUGGGUCCGGGCGGGCCGAACGGUUACGGUCCACCUGGCGGAGGGUACGGCUACCGACCUCCAGGCGGUCCAGGUCCCGGCGGUCCAGGUCCUCCAGGAGGACAGUUCGGUCCACCACCAGGCUACGGUCGACCUCCACCAGGCAUGGGUAUGGGCGUAGGCGGUCCGUCGGGAGGACCUCCUCCGAUGGGUAUGCAUGGUCAAGGACCGCCUUCGGGACCUCCUCCGCUUGGGAUGGCUAGACCUCCUCCCAACUUUGGUCCCCCGCCCGGAUUUGGAAGGUAG